CCCGCUGCUUCAGCUUGUUAAAACGUAAAAAAAAUCAGAGACAAAGAGCGACUUAAUUUAUACUAUGUUGCACUAGAUAUAUAAAUUAUUUAUAUUCGUUUUUAGGGAGUCCAGCCUGAAACCGUGCCGACAUUUUUCCAAUCCUUACAAAAUAACGAUCCGGUAGUGUUGCCCCUGCAGCCUACCGUAGCGGACGCAAUAGCGACCCCCUACGUAGGAAUAAACUCAUUCGAGACCGCCCACCAGCUUCUUGACAAAAUGUUGUUGGUAAAAGAAGACUGGAUAGCUCGAGCUAUUCUUCACUUGGUUGAAAAAGAACGAUACGUUAUGGAAGGUGCAGGAGCGUGCCCACUCGCCGCCAUCAUCGGCAAUUUGGUUCCUGAACUAAAAAUCAAGAACGUGGUUUGCAUUAUGAGUGGCGGAAACAUAGACCAAAUAACGCUCACCCGCUGCAUAGACAGAGGAAUGUCUGCAGAGGGCCGCUUGGUGCUAUUUAGAGUGAGUGAUACUACAGGUUGUUUUUAUUAUGUAUGAAGCAUGAUAUCCUUUUGUGCCGUCGAAUCUAAAGAGCUAUCUGCACUGAGAUUCUUUAA